AGCGGCUCCCCCGGGCUCACAACUGUCGGCGGCGGCGCCCGGAAAACAAGCCGGUGCGCGGGGGACCCGGGGCCGGGGCCGUCUCGCUCCCGCCUAGCCCUGCGGCCCUCGGUGCGGCCCCGGAGUAUGCUCGGGACCCCCCGCGACUCCAGCACAGACGCCCCGGCCUCAGGUCUCUGCCCCCGCGCGGGGCCCGGGCCGUGCGGCCGAAGGGAGCGGCCGGAUGGAGAGAAGGAUGAAAGGCGGAUACUUGGACCAGCAAGUGCCCUACACCUUCUGCAGCAAAUCGUCCGGAAAUGGGAGCUUGCGCGAAGCGCUGACGGUCCCGCAGGGGAAGCUCAUGGACCCGGGCUCCCUACCGCCCCCCGACUCCGAAGAUCUCUUCCAGGAUCUAAGUCACUUCCAGGAGACGUGGCUCACUGAAGCUCAGGUACCGGACAGUGAUGAGCAGUUUGUUCCUGAUUUCCAUUCAGAAAACUUAGCUUUCCACAGCCCUACCACCAGGAUCAAGAAGGAGCCCCAGAGUCCCCGCACAGACCCGGCCCUGUCCUGCAGCAGGAAGCCGCCACUCCCCUACCCCCAUGGCGAGCAGUGCCUUUUUUCCAGUGCCUAUGACCCCCCUAGACAAAUCGCCAUCAAGUCCCCCAACCCCGCUGCCCCCGGACAGUCGCCCCUGCAGCCCUUUCCUCGGGCAGAACAACGGAGUUUCCUGAGAUCCUCUGGCACCUCCCAGCCCCACCCUGGCCAUGGGUACCUUGGGGAGCAGAGCUCCAUCUUCCAGCAGCCCUUGGAUAUUUGCCACUCCUUCACAUCCUCUCAGGGAGGGGGCCGGGAACCCCUCGCAGCCCCCUACCAACACCAGCUAUCGGAGCCCUGUCCACCAUACCCCCAGCAGAGCUUCAAGCAGGAAUACCUUGACCCCCUGUACGAACGGGCGGGCCAGCCGGCAGUGGGCCAGGGUGGGGUCAAUGGGCACAGGUACCCAGGGGCAGGGGUGGUGAUCAAACAGGAGCAGAUGGACUUCGCCUAUGACUCAGACGUCCCUGGGUGUGCAUCAAUGUACCUUCACACAGAGGGUUUCUCUGGGCCCUCUCCAGGUGACGGGACCAUGGGCUAUGGCUAUGAGAAACCUCUGCGACCGUUCCCAGACGAUGUCUGCGUAGUCCCUGAGAAAUUUGAAGGAGACAUCAAGCAGGAAGGGGUUGGAGCAUUCCGGGAGGGACCGCCCUACCAGCGCCGGGGCGCCUUGCAGCUGUGGCAGUUUCUGGUGGCCCUGCUGGAUGACCCAACAAAUGCCCACUUCAUCGCCUGGACCGGCCGGGGGAUGGAGUUCAAACUAAUUGAGCCUGAGGAGGUCGCCAGGCUCUGGGGCAUCCAGAAGAACCGGCCGGCCAUGAAUUACGACAAACUGAGCCGCUCACUCCGAUACUAUUAUGAGAAAGGCAUCAUGCAGAAGGUGGCUGGUGAGCGCUACGUGUACAAGUUUGUGUGCGAGCCUGAGGCCCUCUUCUCUCUGGCCUUCCCGGACAAUCAGCGUCCAGCUCUCAAGGCUGAGUUUGACCGGCCAGUCAGUGAGGAGGACACAGUCCCUUUGUCCCACUUGGAUGAGAGCCCCGCCUACCUCCCAGAGCUGGCUGGCCCUGCCCAGCCCUUUGGCCCCAAGGGUGGCUACUCUUACUAGCCCCCAGCAGCUGCUCCCCUGCCACGGUGGGUACUGCCCUGUGUACAUAUAGAUGAAUUUGGUGUUGGGGAAACUUGCACUCUGAAACCCACAGAUGUCUUUGGGGCAGUCCCCACUGGCCCGUCAGUCGCCCUGGCCCAGACUCUGAGCUGCUCACCAGAGCGGAUGGGAAGGAAAGGUGGAGACACGGAAAUGCAAAGAUGGAGUCCCGGAGACUCCUGCGGGGUGCAUCUCCGGCCUCUUCUUAGGUCCUACUUAGAGGCCCAAGCUCUACUCCCUCUCCCCCAUCACAGAGAACAAGUUUGCUCUGUUCCGGGGGACAGAGAAGGAGCUUCCCCACGUUAUCCUGGCAGAGAGGGGUGCAUUGAGCUCCCUAGGUCUCUCACCACGGGGAGACAAAAGCCUGGAUCCUGCACUCCGCUCAAAGCUGUGGCCCUGGAGGGUCCUGCUUGUCAGUUCUUGGUGCUCUGUGUUCCCAGAGGCAGGGGGAGGCUGGAGGAAGGAACGUGGGUUGGGGGUGGAGGGUGCUGGGUGGAGGCAGGGAGGGCUGGGCUCCUGCUCCAAGGGCUGCUUGCCUCUCCUCUGCGGUUUCCUAGGCCCAGGCCUGGGAUUUCACCUCCACCUCCACCUCCACCAUGUCUACCAGACCCUAAUAAAGGCCCCUGCUUCUCCUUUUA